UAAAAAAUUAUUCAAAGAAUGUUGUAAUAAGGAAUCUCUAAAAACCAGCUGCUACAAUUUUUGCUCCUAUCACUUGUGAAUGGUAGUAAUAAAUCUCCAGCUGAUUAAAUCAACAUACAUUUAAUCAGUCAUUUUAGAAGUUACAUGGCCACAUUGUAUUUAUCCUCCCAGCACUCCUGUAAGGUAGGGAAGUACUACUGUCCUCAUUGUAUGGGGAACAGAGGCACAUUGAGCAAGUGACUUGUCCAUAGCCCCACAGGAAAUCUGUGGUGAAGCAGGGAAUCCCAGGUCUUCCAAAUCCCAGCCUAACAACUGGGUCAUCCUUACUCUCCUGCUUUUAACAUCUUAUCUGAUUUGGGUUUAACAAUUGUCCUUGUUUCCACAUUUUCCUCAAUUAGAAUACCAUGUUCUGAAACAUUAUCUUUGUUUUUGAGCCAUAUGAUAGCCCUUUGCAAACCGUCCUGCAAAAUAUUUCUCAGGAGUGAUUGCCCACAUUCAAUCAUUAGCUGUUGUGGACUGUCUUCUUAUAACAAUAUGAUAUAGCUACUUUGUUGGUCUGCUUGAAAGAAUAACUUUUAUCUUCCAUUGUUUCUCUGACUACUUUUCUUUCUACACUCUGGGUGAUCUUAUCCAUGAUCUUGGUGAAUGUUACCUAACCAUUGCUCUCUGCUGCAAACUAAUCUGGUCCUCCAUCCCAACCAGUUUUACAUCUCAGCCUCUUACUGAUAUCUUCUCCAACUGUUCUACCACAUCCUCUCACUAAUCUAACUUCUCAUUUUUCCUCCUAGGCGCACUCUCUUCCCUUAUCACUGCUGACAAUUUCACUGUCCUCCCUAUCAUUCAUGUUUGCAAGCUGUUCUAUGUACUUUUUUAAACUGGUCCCAUGGUCCAUUAGGGUAAGGGGAAGGAUAUAGUGGUUUCUAUUCUUAGCCAUUCAUUCAGGUGGCUUGACUUUAAUAUGGGAAUUACUGUGGGAUAGCUAACUCAAAAAUGAGUAAUACUUUGUUGUGAAAGCAGUGAGUUAUCACUUUUUUGGGUGGGAGACUGUGUCUCCAAAACCUCAUUUUGAUUGCCUAGGUGUGCCUUUUGAUAUUACAACUAUGCAGCAGCUCCUAACAGCUACCAUCCACCUGAGGAACAGCAGCUCCCUCCUUCUACCAUACUCAACGAGUAGAGGCUAAGUCUAGGAACAAGACAAAGCUAAGAGAUUAGGAAGGAGGGGGGAGCUUAAGAGACUGGUGGCUAGGGGGAGGGGCUGAAACAGUAACAAAACUUCCACUAUGCCAUCUUAUUUCAAAAUAAAUUUAUGGCCUGCAGCGGUCUCCUUAAGGUUACUUGUGAAUGUAAAAAGGCAUUGGUAUCUGACUAUUUCCCUACAUUUUAGUAGAGAAGGUGAACUGGUAAAUCAUAAAUAGCUAUUGCAAGGGUGAGGAGGGUAGGUAGGGGACAACAAAAAGGGAAAGUGACCCUCUGAAUAGAUAAGGGAAGCAUUUAUAUUUUCUAUAUUUGAAUAUAUUUAAUGUUCCUUUUUAAUAGUAUAUUUGGAACAAGCUAUUCCAAUAGAAAUAUAUAUAUUUAAGUGACUUUUUAAAAUAAAAAAGCAGUGACCCCCCCGGCAAGGGGUACAGUAUGUGUCAUCGCCCUAGCUUUUAAAACACAUCCUGAAAUCCUCUGUCCUAAUCUUUUACAGCUGUAAAUUGCACAGUCUCGCUCAAACGGUGCUCACCGCUCUUGCGAACGCUUGGGGGGUGGGGGGAGUGUGUUGAUUUCUCUACCUUUUCCUCCUCACAGCCGGUCUUGCCUCUUCUAUUAAUACUUAAAAACACUCCCGCCCCUCCUUUCCAUCGUGGCUCAAACAGGCGGAGGGAAUGACCCCCAGCCCCCCCGCCAUGAGUGCUUCCCCCGCCCCGCCUCCUGCUCAGCGCCGCCGCGGCGUGUCUCUCUCAUUCAGCGGGAGCCAGCGCCGGAGCGCGGCGGUCUCAGCACGGUCGCGCUCUCCCAUGGAGCUGCCGCCGGGGCACGCAGCCGGGACCGACCCGUCCGCUGGGGAUGCUCGGCCCUGCCCGGGGGGCCAUCAGCCGUGAGCCGCGGUGAGGAGCAGAGGGGAUCACGGGGCACCACCAUGUCCCUGCCGCCCAUCCUGCCUCCCCCAGCCCCGGCCGCUCUCCCCGCCGCCCCCCGAGCGCAGCCCAGGAGGGCGGCGGCCCCCAGGAAGGCAGCGCCGCCGCCGGCCGCCGCGGAGAAGCCGGCGAGGAAGCCCAGGGGGGCGCCCCCGGAGCGGGCCGCUCCCUUCCCCAGCUCCUGGCCUUGCGCCGCCCUGCAGAGGCAGCAACCGCGGAGGCCGGCCCCGGCCCCGCCACAGGCCCGCGGCCGCUCCUGCGAGAGCCUGUGCGCGGAGGCGGGGGCUGGAGAGGCCGCUCUGCGCUUCUCGCUCAGCCUCCCCCCCGAAGCGGCCCUGGUGCUGCAGCGCCGCAGCCUGGAGAAGCAGCGCGGGCGGCCGAGCCCCUCCGCCGGCCCCGAGCGCCUCCUGCCGGGCUCCCGCAGCAAGGCGGCGGCGCCGGGGGGCUCGGCGCGGAGGGGGGCCCGGGCCGGCCCCGGGGACUUGCGCGCCCUGCUGAAGAUCUCGCUGCUGAACGAGCGGCACCGCUACGACGACGUGGAGUACGAGGAGGAGGAGGCGGCGCCGGGGGCCGCGGCGGACGAGGGGCUGGUGCGCAAGUGCACCGAGUGGCUGCGCGGCGUGGAGAGCGCGGCCGGCCGGGCCCGGGCCGACAAGCUGGAGACCCUGCCCCACCUGGGGGCGCUCUGAGGCGGGGGGGGAGCGUCCCGCCCCUCUCCCUGCCCAGCCGCACGCAGCCCCCGCCCCUCCUCGCAGCAAGAGCCGGGGGGUUCCCCAUGGGACGCGCCGGGGAGCGGGGUUCUUCUCUCAUCAUUAACCCCCCCCCCGGGAAGCUGGACGGCCCCGUCGCCGGCUCCGAAGCCACCUGACGCCUUCGUCUCCGCAGACUCAGGGCCAGGGAAAGCGGAGUUUUAGUGCCGGGUUUAGCCGCCCGCCCUGCUGCUGUCCCCGCCUGAGGAAACUGACUUGCGCUUCGACCCGGUGGAGGCUGGCGGCCGUUCCAGGCGCUGCAUAAAGGGGGGGGGGAUGUAUUUAUAGCUGCGGUAUCCUGUGUAUUUCCAUUCACAUCUUGUGAGGAGAGAAAAAAGGGGGGCUGACUAAUCAGUGUUGUAUAGAUGCUUCUGCUCCGCCUGGGCUGCUGGACGCUUUUUAUCUGAAAUCAGGAGACGGAGUUUCUAAUGGAUGAUGGACAGGACCGGGAGGUUAAAAUGUCCACGUUGGGGGUGUUUGAAUGUGAUCAAAUGUGAGCAGAAACCAAGACAGACGUUCUCGGCUAGUUAACUUACUGUAAUGCAACAGAUGCUUCAUCUGCUGUAGUUACUUCAGUGUGUGUCCUAGCAAAAGCUGAUUCCUGACAUUUGCAGGAAUUGUUUGUGAUCUCUGGGUCUGGGUAGGGAGAGGAAGGUGGGAGAAGCUUGUUUAAACUAUGGAGCCUUUAUCAGAAACUAUCACAAAAGUGUCUUUGUGUGAAACAACAAAAGGCAGUCAAGCAAAAAAGGAAAACAAAACCGCUGUGCAAUACAGGGCCUCAAGACAAAGUGUUCAGUUACUGAAGGAUUGACAGAUUGAUAGCUCUUUCUCGAUUCAGUGGGUGCUGGUGCAUGGCCGUUCUUAAUUGGUGGGGCAAUUCGUCUGAAAGAUAAAUGUAUUGAUUUCCUUUUGAAAAGAAACUACUUUGUAAAUAGAGGAAGAGUACAUUGAUUUUGUCUAUUUGUACAUAAAGGAACAUUUUUAUUUAUUUGAAUAAACGAUUAAAGCCUUUUGUGUUGCAACAGCAGCACCUUUGUAACUGUGAA